ACAAAUUACAAGACAAAAAUAAAAAUGUUCAAUGAUUUUCAUAAUAUGUUAUUCUAAAGACUAAAAUCGAAUAGAAAGAUAGCAAUAUUAACCGAAAAUUGAAUUUAGAGUAUUAUUAUUAUUCAUUUUUAGUUGAGGAGCGACGUAUAGAAUUUUUUCUUUUGCCUGUCCAACGUCAGGGGACAAAUGGAAUGAUAAUAAAAAUGCUUCUAACGAAAUGGCAAAAGAGACUGUAUUUAAAAAAGUUGAUUCGGUCACCGGCAAUAACUGUUUUGUGCAAUAGUGGCUGUACCCGAGAGUAUUCUAAACUAUCUUAUGAUUCUGUUCUUCCUACCCAAGCACAAGUUGUAAUAUGUGGUACUGGAUUAGUAGCCAAUUCUUUGGCAUAUCAUUUAGUCGAAAAUGGCUGGUCCGACAUUGUACUUAUCGAUCAGGGAAAGCCUUGUGGAGGAACAUCACAUUUUGGUUCUGGAACAUUGGGUUUAUUUAAGCCAAUAGCAGAGCGUAACAUGAUAAUGUAUAGUAUUAAAUUGUAUAGACAGUUGGAAGCCAAAGGCUAUGAUAUUGGUUUAAAGCAAUGUGGCAGUUUGAAUUUAGCUCAAACUAAAGACAGAAUGAUUGCAUUAAAACGAAGAAUAGCUUACAGUUCCCCGACUGGAUUACACUGUGAAAUGUUGGGAAAAAACGAAUUAAAAAGACUGCAUCCAUUUCUCAAUACAGAUGAUCUUGAAGGUGGAGUUUGGGUUCCUGAAGAUGGCGUUGCAAAUCCACAAGCUAUAUGCAAAUCGUUAGCAAAAUUAGCUAGUGAAGGGGGUGCCCUCUAUGUUACCAAUUGUCGAGUGCAGAAAGUUGUUACGGAAGAGGAUCGGAUUAAAGGAGUAGAUACUAGCAGAGGAUUUAUUUAUUGUGAAUAUUUUGUUAACUGUGCAGGAAUGUGGGCCAGAGAAGUAGGAAAUUUGUGUUCACCUAGAGUUAGAGUACCCGUGUACCCGGCUGAACACUUUUAUGUGACGACUAGUCCGAUACCCGGUGUAAAUGUUAACUUACCGUGUAUAAGAGAUUUUGAUUCCCAUAUAUAUGCCCGAGAGUAUAACUCUGGUUUUCUAAUUGGAGGUUUUGAGAAAGUCGCAAAACCAGCGUUCCUCAACAUGAGAAUUAUACCUUCGGAUUGGAAAAAAGAUAUGCCCCAAGACUGGAAACAUUUCAUGCCGUAUUGGGAAAAGGCUACAUCUAGACUUCCAAUUCUUAAAGACGUAGUUUAUCCAAUGUUGUCCAAUUCUCCAGACACUUUUACACCUAAUGGCAAGUGGAUUUUAGGAGAAACCCCUGAAGUGGAUAAUUAUUUUGUGGCAGUCGGAAUGAACGGAAAUCCAUUGCAAGGAGCUGGAGGAAUAGGCAAAGCGAUGGCCGAUUGGAUUAUUGAAGGAAGACCCACACAAGAGCACAUGGCUUUUGAUGUACAACGGUUUUUAGAUUUACAUAAUAACAGAAUGUACUUACAAGAACGAACCAAAGAAGUUGUUGGCAGGCAUUAUGCUAUACCGUAUCCUCAUCAAUUUGAGUAUAAGAACGCUAGAAAAUUGCGCUGUUCACCAUUAUUUAGUGUAUUGGAAAAGCGAGGUGCAGUUUUCGGCACUCGAAUGGGAUAUGAACGUCCUUUAUAUUUUGAUUCAACGUAUAAUGGAAAAGGGACACCACCAGAAAUGCCUUUAGGUACAUUUUACAAACCUGCAUUUUUCCAAUUUAUGCUGGAAGAAUAUCACGCUUGUAGAGAAUCGGUCGGUAUUAUCGAUAUGUCUUCAUUUUCAAAAAUGAAAAUACAAAGUGGAGAUAUAACAACUGAAACGGAGUCUCAGUGCAAUGGUGUAGUCGAGUGGCUUCAGAAUUUAUGUACAAACGAUGUAAACAUACCUGUUGGUGGAAUCGUUCAUACAGGAAUGUUGAAUGAAAGAGGCGGCUAUGAAAACGACUGUUUAUUAGUUCGCGAAAGAGAAAAUCGUUAUUUAAUGGUGUCGCCUACGAGCCAACAAACGAGAGUCCUAGAUUGGCUAAAAGAUCAUUUACCUAAAGACGAAUCAAUUCAAUUAGCAGACAUCACUUCAAUGUAUACUGUCGUCAAUGUGAUCGGCCCUAAAGCUGGUGCUCUUAUAUCAGAAUUAUCGCUGUCUGAUGCCGAUGUUAACUUACAACCUUUUACGUUUAAGACAGUUAACAUUGGUUAUGCGUCAGAUGUUAUGAUGAUGGCGUUUACUCACACCGGCGAACCAGGAUUUUGUUUGUAUAUACCAUCAGAGUACGCUCUGCACGUUUAUGAUCGCUUAAUGGCGGUUGGAUUCGAUUAUGGGAUUCGCGAUGUUGGUAGUUUAACACAACGAUUCAUGAGAAUCGAAAAAUUUAUACCGUUUUGGGCAGAAGAUUUAACUAGAGACACUACACCAUUUGAAGCUGGUUGCAACCAUGUAGUCAAGUUAGAUAAAGAAUAUUUCAUUGGGAAAUUUGCAUUACAAAGACAAAAAGAUCAAGGAAUUACCAAAAAACUAGUCAUGUUUAUUUUGGACGAUUUAGAUCCUGACAAAGACGUAUGGGUUUGGGGCUUAGAACCGAUUUAUAGAAAUGGUCAGUAUGUUGGCAGAAUUACUUCAGCCGGGUACGGCUUUACCAUGGGCAAAUUAGUCUGUUUGGGAUACGUACAACGACCAUUUACCGAUAACCGUAACAGAAACAGUAUGAUCAUAACUAAUGAUUAUAUCUUGUCUCCGACAGCAAAAUAUGAAAUUGAUGUGGCCGGUACCAGAUUUCCGGCUACUCCGAAAAUACAUACACCAUACGUUAAUUUAAAUAUACAAAAUAUAUCUGAUCAAACACGAUACAUACCCAAAAUUAUCAUUUAAGCAUUAUUGGCUUCUCAUGUGUAUAACUUUUUAUUUGUUUUUCUUGUUAUUGCUUUAAAAAAGCUAAUGCAGACACAAUUGAAUCUCAAUACUUACGAACAAUUAACAAUAUUAGCCUUAUUUGUUAUUUAAUACUGUUAUUGUAUUGUUUAAGUUUGAUGAAUAUAGUCAUAAGAAACA